UCGAAAGUCCUGCAGCUGAUCAAGAGAGUGAAGCUGCGAAGGGAACUCAAUGACAAUGUUCAUGUUUUCCUCAAAUGUAUUGAAAGGUCCAGAACCUACAAUCUUCUCCGCACUGUAGUUGUUUUUUCUUUCAAACCUCCCACGAAUAAUAAUGUCUGAAUUGAAGUCUCUUUCUGGCCCGGAUGCUUUCGUAGUUGAAGAUAACGAUGCCAUUCAAAAUGCAAGCGCCUCCAGCAAAAGAAAGGCCAGGAAACAGGACAAGAAGCUUGGCCGAAAGCAGGCACAGUACCGAAAGGUUUUGGGCGAACUGGGAGUGGAGUUUUCUGCUGACAAUACGCCAUACUUGUUCGUGGCCAACGGCGGAUUGGACAACGGCGUUGACAGGGAAUCCCUAGUCACCUUGUUCUCCAAGUAUGGUGUUCUUCAGCGAGUUGUAAUGCAGAAGCACAAGGCUUACGCCCUGGUAGAGUUCUGUGAUGCGCGCAGUGCGCAACGUGCAUGUGUAGAGUUGAACGGAGUCGUGAUGGACGUGGCCACUAUGUCGUCUCGGUCGCCUCUCUACCUCCUGGCCAUGUCCGCAAUGCCACGGCACGGCGAGUGCGAGGCGGCUGACGGCGGUGCAGAGUUCUUCGCCAGCCGUCCGCCUGGACUGCACAUCCUGCCAGAGUUCAUCAGUGAGGACGAGGAGCGCCGACUCGCGGAGUUCUUCGGCACGGACAUUGUGGAGGCUGAGCCGUCAGAAGGCAACAGUGCCAGUAGUGGAUGCAGCAGCAGCGCUGGCUGUGCGACUAGAGUAAAAGCAACGUGCACGGAAAGCAACAGCAGCAGUGCAAGUCACGUUUACCCGGAUUCCCCUCUCCAAACCCCCUCCGGUGAGACACUCAGCAGUGAAAAGGCCGAUGGUGGUGUCGCGGAUGGCUGCCACUCGGUUCAGGGCAGCCUGAAGCAUCGGCGGGUGCGGCAUUACGGGUACGAGUUUCGCUACGGUUCGAACGACGUUGACGCGUCUCGGCCGCUGGAUAAUCACCCAGGUUCGGUCAGCGGCCUGCCGAGAUUGCUGGAUGAUGUGCUACGUCGUAUGACAAAGUCUGAUGCAUCGUCGACUGGCAAGCCGAUUGUGUGUGCAUUUCCUGACCAGCUGACUGUCAACGAUUAUCAGCCUGGGCAAGGAAUUCCACCUCACGUUGACACAAGUUGGGCAUUUGAAGAUUCAAUCAUCUCUCUGAGUUUGCUAUCAUCGGUUGUCAUGGAGUUUCGCCAUGCCGACGGUCGCUGGGUCCCCGUGUGGUUGCCGCGCCGAUCCCUCCUGGUGAUGUCGGGCGAGUCUCGCUACAACUGGUCACAUGGCAUCACUCCACGCAAAGUGGACUGCAUUCCAGCAUCAUUACUCACUAACAACCCAGGUUCUAGUGCCACAGAAUGUUCUGCUACAAGUAGCCCUUCUCAAGCUGGAUUCGGUGGUCUCACACUUGUGCCGAGAGAUCGCAGAAUAUCACUGACAUUCCGCAAGAUCAUCAAGGACCCCCAGCGUCCGACCAAUACGGAGUCCAGUGCUGAUCGAUCUAACAGUUCGUCCACUCAGUCACAGUUUCAAGUUCCAACGAGUGACAAGGAGGCGGCUGAAAUGGAAACCAAGCACGUGUAUGAGGUGUAUGACUGUAUUGCGUCACAUUUCAGUUCCACCCGUCAUACGCCUUGGCCAAGAGUUGUGGACUUCCUGAGCACCGUGGCUCCUGGCUCUUUUGUCCUUGAUGUUGGUUGUGGCAAUGGCAAGUAUAUGAACGUGAACCCCAGCACAGUAUCGAUCGGCUGUGAUCGAAGUAUUGGCUUGACGAAAAUUGCUUAUGAGCGAGAUCUGAAUGUUGCAGUGGCUGACAUUCUGAAUCUCCCGUACCGUGAAGGUUUCUUUGACGCCUGCAUCUGCAUAGCUGUCGUACAUCAUCUAGUGACACGGGAGAGACGUCUGAAUGCACUGCGACAGCUGCUGCGUGUCACCCGACCGGGCGGUCGUGUGCUGGUGUACGUCUGGGCACAAGAGCAGGAGAAGUCGGCGACCAAGGGACGCAAGAAGAAGGAGCCCAGUCUAAACGCUGAUGUUGUUGGCAAUGGUUGUAGUGACAAGAAGGGAGCAGCUCAUGGCCAUGCAGGCAUCGGCACUGAAGCCGACAAACGCGAGGCGCAACGGACCAAUUUCCAACAGCAGGACGUUCUCGUGCCGUGGAAGUUUGCCGAGCCGGGCAAGAAGAAACCAAAGUCUGGUGAUGCCAAGGAGAAGAGUCGAACAUCGUCUUGCUCGUCUGCAGGCAACGGCUCGGACGUAGCCGCCUCGUCAAACAGCUCUGCUCCUGGUGAGACGUCUGUGAUCACCUCUGAUAGUGCUUCGACUGCUGACGGUUCCGUAACAGCUGAUGCUGCCGAAGCUGGUGGUAGUGCUGCGGCGGCAGGGCAGUCCGGCGAGGUCUACCAGCGCUUCUACCACGUGUUUGUGCGCAGUGAGCUGCGGGAGCUGUGCGACGAGCUGUUGACUGUGGCCACGCUGGCCGAUUACUACCACGACAAGGGAAACUGGUGUGCUGUGCUGGAGAAGAGAUGAGUUCUAGUCUCAUGCUGUACAAGUAGAUGAAUACUGAGACCCAGUAGGGCAGUACAUCGUGUGUGUGAUUGCUGCACACAGAAUGGCUUGGGGAUCAAUGGAGCUGCCGCUCAGAUUUGUCUAGGAAAUGCCCCGGGAUUUCACCACGGAAAGCUCAUGCCUGGGCAAGCAGCCAUGCCACCACCGCAGAUCGAUUGAAGUGACUAUACCGACCAUGGGACAAAGAGUUGCCCUGGGUUGCUUGGCUCUCACUCGGGAUCCCAGCCACGUGGUUAGAACUUGCAGUGACUACGUGUAGUGUCAGCAAUACCACCGGUGGGUAUGACCGGCCUAGCUGCACAGCACUGCAUAGCGUAUACUAGCUGCCUGCACUCGGUAUACUGUGCAGUGCCAGGCAUGUGUGUUGCUUACGCCAGUGUCUCUGCUAGUGCUAGUGCUACACCUGUAUGCAUGCGCCCAGCAUGUGCAUCCGUGUAUGCGUGUACCCAUGCAUGUCGAUCCGUGCGCCUAUCGGGUGUCGGCGCCUGACGGUACAGCAUGCCCUAUACAGCAUGCCUAUACAGCAUGUCCUAUACAGCAUGACUGGAUCCAGACAUGGAGAAUGUUGGCUAAGGUCCCAGUCCAACCGAGUCCGUAUAAUAGUACUGUGCCAAACGUGCCAUGCAGAUAGUGAGCCAGCGCAUCAGUGGAUCAGUGGAUCAGUGGAUCAGUGGAUCAGUGGAUGGCUCGAGUCACAAUACCCAACCGCCAAGGGACUAGUAAUGUGCGACUAUGCACUCGUCAUGAUUUCCUCACCUUCUACUGCUUCAGACGUGUCGACGAGAUCUGCUGCACAUCCGCAUUUCCGCAGCCGAAUAAAGCUGUGGCAAGUGAAAUCCAGCCGCGGGAAUACAACCAGUCCAGUGACUGCACAACCCAAGCACUGUGAACAGUGGACUGUGCUGUGUACCACGGUUCGGCUCUACCCAUGGGGUUGGAUUUCAUUUGCCACCACCUCCAUACUAGCCAGCAUCUGUUCUAAACUGUUGGGCGUGGUAUGUAGGAACGUAGCUACCUGCAGAUUCUUCACUGCUAAGAUACCACUCUGGUAUUUGCGGCUUGCACACUGCUGCUCUCUGGUGUGCAGUGAUGCAUUGUGCAAGGAUUGCGCAAUCAGUGUUGUACGUGUUGGUCUAGGCCAGGAUGCUGCACGGGCAUGAUCGUGUUGGUCAAGGUCAGGAUGCUGCACGGGCAUGAUAGUGUGUGGGUCUUCACUCCUCUACUAAUAUUACUAUGAGAGUUCACCCACCUCACGACAAGCGUAUACAAAAUUAAAAAAUGAUAUGCCUGAUCCUCAUGUCGCUGUACCUGCAUGUGUGGCUGGUCACCACUUGACCAUGACAGUAAACCUCCUCAUCACGACCUCAAUCGUAUAAAAAAUGAUAUGCGCCUGCUCCUGUGUCGGCGGUGUAGCCAACUCCCACAAGAAGCUGGAGCUCCACAGCUGCAGGCAGAUGCCCUGUUGAAUAUACCAUUGUUCUGGUGUGUUCAACAUUGUAUGCCGUUUCCCACCCCAUUU